CGCGGCAAUGUUUCGUACACGGUUUUUCUCAAUCUCACCAAAUAUCUUCGAGCGGAGGAUAGCUAUGUGGCCUGGGAAACGGCUCGCCGCACUUUCAUAUUUAUCAUGCGGAUGCUCAUCAUGGAACCGAGUUACGGUCAAUUCAAUGCUUAUCUACGCGGACUGGUAGAUCGACAAAUCAAUCAGGUCGAUUGGUCGACCAUGCAAGAAGACACGAAUCACAUGCAACAGUGA